AUGUUCGGCACAAGCACUGGAGGGAUCAUCGCCAUCAUGCUCGGUCGACUUCGUAUGGGCAUCAACGACUGCAUCGACACUUACCGCAACCUCGGCCGCGAAAUUUUUGAGAAGAGACAGCCCUUCCAUUUCUUGGGUCAGAACAAAUAUGAUUGCACGAAGCUUGAGCGAAUCAUAAAAGAUGUUGUACAAAGGCGUAGUGGGAACACAGAUGCCCCGAUCGCAGACUCCAACGUGUUGAACAAAUCGCAUCCUAACAAACAGGAUCGAGCGCAAAAUAGAUGCAUACCAUGUCGCGUGGGCGUCUUUGCAGUACAAAGUGACACGCACAGUGGCAUGGAUGAGAAACUCCACCUUUUUCGAACGUAUUUCAAUCCGACGCCCCCAAGUGCCAACGAACGGCAGGACCUCACGAUUAGUCUCCAUCGACAGAAACUCGACUUUCCCAUAUGGAAGAUAGCGCGGGCUACCUCUGCCGCUCCAACUUACUUUAAGUCUAUCGAAGUGGACGGUCUCAAGCUUCUGGAUGGUGGUCUGCUAGCCAACAAUCCGAGCCAACAUGCCAGAUACGAAGUAAAUUCUAUGCACCGACAUCACCCGUCUGGUAGCUGCAAACCAUCUGAAAGAGGAACAUUCGAUGGCGGCAUACGUUUCCUGGUCUCCCUUGGCACAGGCAAGCAAGCUGAUCAACUGAUCACCAGAGGCGCAGGUCCCAUUCCAAAACUUCUGAGCAUCGUCAGACGUGCACUAAAGAAGAUGACCGACCCGGAACCGGUACAUCAAGAUUUGCACAGCGCUUUGGAUGAAGGUGUGUAUUACCGCUUCAAUGUCGAGGAGGACCUCAAGAAAAUGAAGCUCGACGAAUGCAUCGUCAAGGGUGAAGACAACAUCACCUUCAGCAGAAUUGAAAGCGCGGUCAGAAACUACUUCAACAACGGAGUUGUUAGGGACAAUGCACAAUCUCUUGCUAAACAGCUUGUCAAGCAUCGUCGGGACAGACGCAAUCCCGGUCACGAGUGGUACCGCAACCUUACAAUACCUGGCCCACCACCGAGUUCAAUGGAUGAAAGGUAUAAAAGCGACGAGUUUUCUAACGGUACCAUCAACGCAGAUCGAAGACCCUCGCUGCCUGAGCCAUUAUUCCGGGCUAUCGAAAUGCCUGCACAGAUGCCAGAGAUGCCGACGGGAUUGAUGAUUCCCGAGCUGGGGCCCGGAAGCCCGAUGCAAGGCUCUACUCGCAGUCUUCCCACAAGUCCGAUAUGUAUGUACGACUCAGCUAGAUCUCCUCAGAAAGAGUGGAACACACCAAGCUCACGAAUCUUGGAGUACUAUACCCCUCCGCAGGAGUGGGACAAUAGAGGCCUUGGUAUACAUGACUUUGCUGCAUCGUCGGACAGAGAAAGUAGCCUUCCUCCGCCGUCCGCACUAGAUACUCCAAGUUAA